AUGGUUUCAAAAGAAAAGAUAAUUGGAAUUCAAAACUUACCUGAAAGUGAACAGAGUAUCUGUCAGGCGAGAGCUGCUGUGAUGGUUUAUGACGAUGCCAACAAGAAGUGGGUGCCAGCUGGUGGCUCCACAGGGUUCAGCAGAGUCCACAUCUAUCACCACACAGGCAACAACACGUUCAGAGUGGUGGGCAGGAAGAUCCAGGACCACCAGGUCGUGAUAAAUUGUGCCAUUCCUAAAGGGUUGAAGUAUAAUCAAGCUACACAGACUUUCCACCAAUGGCGAGAUGCUAGACAGGUGUACGGCCUCAACUUUGGCAGCAAGGAGGAUGCCAAUGUCUUUGCAAGUGCCAUGAUGCAUGCCUUAGAAGUGCUGAAUUCACAGGAAGCAGUGUUCUAUUUAGGUCCAACAUUGCCUAGACAAAAUUCACAACUACCUGCUCAAGUUCAAAAUGGCCCAUCCCAGGAAGACUUGGAAAUUCAGAGAAGGCAACUGCAGGAACAACAACGACAAAAGGAGCUGGAGAGGGAAAGGUUGGAGAGAGAGAGAAUGGAAAGGGAAAGGCUGGAGAGGGAGCGCCUGGAGCAGGAGCAGCUGGAGAGAGAGAGACGGCUAGAGCAGGAGCGGCAGGAGCGCCUGGAGCAGGAGCGGCUGGAGCGGGAGCAGUUCGAGUGGGAGCGAGAGCGCAGAGUCUCCGGUGCUGCUCCAUCUCCAGACAGCUCCCUGUGUAGCGCUCCACCUCCUGACUACCCCAGUUGCCAGCCUUCUCCAGCACCUCCUCCAUCACACGCCAAAGUCAUCUCAGCUCCAGUGUCAGAUGCCACUCCUGACCACGCUGUUGUGGCUGCUUUGCCACCUGCUUCCACACCCCCUACACCACCACUGCGACACUCAGCGACACGUUUUGCGACAUCUCUAGGCUCAGCCUUCCACCCUGUUCUCCCCCAUUAUGCUACAGUUCCUCGUCCUCUGAACAAAAACUCUCGGCCUUCUUCUCCUGUGAACACACCUUCUUCUCAGCCUCCAGCAGCGAAGCCCUGUGCCUGGUCCCCUUCUAGUUUCUCUCCCCUCCCUCCAUCUCCUCCAAUCAUGAUUAGCAGCCCCCCUGGCAAAGCUGCCGGUCCGCGGCCCAUCCUUCCCGUCUGUGUUUCUUCUCCUGUGCCCCAGAUGCCCCCGUCACCAACGGCACCUGCUGGGCUGCUGGACUCUGUGCUGUGCCCAGUGUCUCCACCACCUACCUCGGGGCCGCCGCCCCCACCACCACUGUCCCAUGGCGGAGCUUCAGCUGCCCCUCCCAGCACCCACCUUGCCUCGACCCCCUCAUCCAAGCCCAGUGUUCUCCCUUCUCCCUCUGCAGCUGCCCCUGCCUCUGCGGAGACUCCUCUAAACUCUGUGCUGGGAGACUCCUCUGCUUCUGAGCCCGGCUUGCAGGCAGCCUCUCAGCCGGCCGAGACUCCAGCUCUGCAGGGCAUUGCCUUGGGACCACCUGCACCUCCACCCCCUCCUCCCCUCCCACCUGGACCUAUCCAGGCCCCAGCUCCCCCUCCUCCCCCUCCUGCCCCACCCCUCCCUGCAGCUGGAUUUUUCUCUGGACCUGUGUCAGAAGACAAUCGCCCUUUAACUGGACUUGCAGCUGCAAUUGCAGGAGCAAAACUUAGGAAAGUGUCACGGAUGGAGGAUGCCUCUUUCACUAGUGGAGGGAAUACCACUGCCUUGAACUCAGCCUCCUCCAAAGCUGACUCCAGUCGAGGGAAUGGGCCCCUUCCACUAGGGGGCAGCGGCUUAAUGGAAGAAAUGAGUGCCCUGCUGGCCAGGAGGAGAAGAAUUGCUGAAAAGGGAUCAACAAUAGAAGCAGAACAAAAAGAGGACAAAAGUGAAGAUGCUGAGCCGGUAGCUUCAAAGGCCUCUUCAACAAGUACACCUGAACCAACCAGAAAGCCUUGGGAGAGAGCAAAUGCAGUGAAUGGCAGCAAGUCCCCUGUCAUCUCCAGACCAAAAUCUACACCCUCGUCACAGCCCAGUGCCAAUGGCGUCCAGGCAGAAGGACUUGACUACGACAGGCUGAAGCAGGACAUUUUAGAUGAAAUGAGAAAAGAAUUGACAAAACUAAAGGAAGAGCUCAUUGAUGCAAUUAGGCAGGAACUGAGCAAGUCAAAUACUGCAUAGAAAAGCAAAAGGAGAGAGAGAGAGAGAACUUUAAUCUAGACAGGAGAAAAAUCCUACAAACAGUAACCUUUAGCAGCAAUCCCAUAUGAUUCUGUGACUGUGAGAAGAAAAUGGAGACAAGCAGUCAAAAGGAGGGAACCCGCGCCCUCGGAAAGCCUCAGACAUUGUGAUUCUGUGAUCGCCAUCCCUCCCCGCUGGCUACUUUUCUCUGACCUUUUCCCACAGAAUGGAUGAAUGGUGGACAAGUUCCUCUAACAGUUGCACAGAAAAUACGAAGCCCGUCUGUUAGACAAGAACACCUUGCAUUGAAAUAUUUUCAUGUUGAGCCACACAUUUUAUACAGCCCAAUGCUAAAAUAUGGAGAAAGGCUUAUGGAGUUCUUUUUCAGAGAGUAGUGAUGAAGAAGUUAGCAAAUUCUGCUGUUGUAAAUGUUUCUCUCAGGUCUGUCUUCCUAUCAUAUUUGAUAUUCCAUGAUUAAUUGAGAUCAGCCUGUGUAUAGGUUAAGAUCAUAAAAUGUGGAACACGUGGAAUGGUAUAUGCUUUCAAAUAAUGACAUUCGUAAGAAAGUGUCCUGAAAAGGAUUGGUCCAGCUUAAGGAAUUUUAGAAUGAUAGGAAGUCUCUCAAGUUAGCCUUCAUGCAAUUUUGUAGUUUAAAACAUAAAAUUUGUCCAGAAUUUAAAGAUUUAGAUGCCUUCCUAAAUUGUUACAAUGCUUUACCAAAUCUAUGACUUCUACAUAACACAACCAGUGGUCAAAUGUAAAACAAUAAUAUUGUAGAUUUACUGUAGGUUUUCAGCCUUUUUUAGAUUUAUGCAUGUGGGCAUUUUUAUAAUCUAACUACAGUCACCACAAGGUUAGCUUUUUUAAUUGCAGACGGUAAUGCAUGUCACACUAAUAUGUAGUGGCUUUUUCGAGGCCUAGUCCCAGGGAAAUCAUUUUGUAGAGUAUAGGGGAGUGGGAGGAAGGGAAGGAAUAACUUUUUAUUUAAAGUUAAUUUCUGCACUUUUUUCUCAAUUACCUGCAUGAAUUGUAAUGAGGACUAUUUUGUGACUUUAAUUGGUACAUAUGUUAACAAAACCAAGUACUUAUCUACUACAUCAUGUCUUUAGCUAUUUGUAUUCUAACCAGUAACUCCAACAGUCUGAAACGUGAAUCUGAGCUUCAUGUGAAUCGUAUCUCACUGUGGCACUCAGGUGUCACCAUCACUGACAGUGACACAGAUAUUCAGACACACAGUCUGGCACGAGGGUGCUUUUGGAUUUUAUGUUGAAAUACAAGAAAUGAUGAUGAUGACAGCAAUUAAAGUCACAGAAAUCAUUGGGUGAAGGGAAUCCAAGGGGAGGAGUCUGCAAUUUCAAUAAACGAAGCCAGGCAUAAGUACUCUGUCACCGCCCUGUGCUGUGUGGGUGGGUGUGCACAAGUGCACGUGCUGUGUGCAUGAUACACUCCCUCUUCUCUAAAACCAGUAAGAUUUAAAAAGGGGAGAAGUCCUUUAUGUUGCAAAGAUAAUUUUUUAGAAAAUUUUAGGAAAUCAGAUUCUUCAGGCUCUCCAUCUUGAUUUAUGCUUGAGUUGUUAUGUGCCAUAUUUGCUUUGAAAUUUUCGAUUAUUGGAACUUUUACUAAAAUUUUGGUGAAAUAACUCACUGUCAUCUGCUUUCUAGAUUUUAUAAGUCCCAGGCCUGAAACAGAGCUUGUUGAUAGCAUUAUUUUCUAAAUGACGCCCCUGUGCAGUCAUUUCCACUACAGAAAAGUUUGGGUGAGAGGAUUUUCUUCCCUGUUAAGAUAGUUUGUUUCUGUGGAAACUUUGUGAUGGGUGAGCUGUCGUAACGCGAGGUGCAGCUCUUCUUUCUGUCAAGUGCUCACUGUCAUGCAGUUGUAGUAAAGGCUUUACACAUGCAGCAAGCUUAUAAAUUACUGUUCUCUAAAAGAAACGGGGCAUCUUCAUCUCUAUUACUGUACUUGGGGUCAUGUAGACACUCCAACAAUAUAAGCAUUCAUGCCCUCUAUAAAUCUGGCCAGAAAUUCACCUUAGAUUUUCUUGGGUAAAUUAAGUAGUCUACAGUAAGUAGAGUACUGGGUACAGGCGAUCCAAAGUGAGAUAAAAAGCUAAAAUAAAAUGCUAAAUCUUAAAAAGAAGCUGGUUUAUGCACUGAACAUUUGUGCCUUGGUCUAACAUUAACAUGAAUUCUGUGUGAAAUCACAAAACCAGUGUUGAGUUAUGUUCCAUUGUCCAUCGUUCUACAUCCUACCAGGCGCCCAGUGUGUUCCUUCCAGGAAGUUUGAUGGAAUUACUCUGCACAUUUGCUGUGUUGCCGAUAUACAUGACAGUCACGUCAUGUUUAGAGAUUUCAGUGAUGAAAAUGAGAAACAGAUGAUGCUUAAGUUAUUUUCCUAUCAAACUGUGUUCCUCGGAACUACAUUAUUCUGAUGGCUUUGUGCUAUUGUACUUGAAUGUCUUCAGCUGAGUACAGUUUCGGGGAUCCCUUCUAGUUACAGGAAGGUACUGCUGUCCUCAUCACUGUGAUCUGACCUGUGACACAUCUGUACUAUACACUCUGUAAACGGCUAACAAGUCAGCUGCAAACUGAAUGUACAAAUCCUAGUGCUGGUGCUGAAAUCUCUUCAGAACAGUCAUCAUGAUUUAAAAGUUUGCUUAAAAAUUUGCGAGCAUCAAGUGUCAGAACUGAAGAUGAAACACUAACGAAUGUUGACUUUUCAUGCUUUAGGUAUAUUUUCCUUUGUAGAUUUUUCAGUUUUCUGCUAUUUUUACCGUAACUGUUACAUUUAAAUUUCCUACAUGCUAACUUCGUUUGUGCGAUUGAAAUAAAAUCACAGUAUAUACAUGUUGCUUGUUUGUGAAACUGAUACAAUCUGACACAAUUUGUUCUAAAAUAAGUUAUAUUGUAGGUAAAGAAAAGAAAACCAAGGUUUAAGUACUUAAAGUUUGCAUACAACAUUACUAUUUAAA